AUGAAGGCGGCCAGCUCUCUAUUCCGCAGCGUGCGGGAACGAAAUGGGGAUAAAUCCAGCAGUCACCGGCGCAACAGAUCGUCAGAGCCAGUACCAGGUAGAAUCGAGGCUGUGACCAAGCGGCUACAAGAGCUGAAUUACAAUGAGGUCUCAAACGAAAUAAUCCGACGUGCACUCAACUCCAAAUUCGCCGCCGGUGACUGCGACAAGGCUGUGGAAUUAAUACAAUUACAGCAGCAAGCCUUCUCAGGGAUCAUACUACCAUAUGACCCCAAUGUUGAGAUGCAGGGAGCAGAAAACAGGGGGAAUGUCACAUGUUACCUCGACGCUUUGCUGUUCGCCAUGUUUGCGAAACUUUCAGCCUUCGAAUGCAUGCUGAAGAACGAUCUGAAUGAGGAAGCUCCGAGGAAACUAGCAGCUUUGCUCCGGCUUUGGGUGAACAUGUUGAGGAGUGGAAAGCUGAUUCACACGGACUUGACCCAAAUGAUUCAAGAGACCCUAGCCGCCUGCGGCUGGAAGGAUGCAGAGCUUUUAGAGCAGCAAGAUACUUCCGAGGCAUUUGCGUUCAUCACCGAAACGUUGCAGCUGCCUUUGCUCGCCCUGCAAGUUGACCUUUUCCAUCAAGGGAAGAAGGAUGCAGACGACCACAAGGUUGUCCAUGAGCGCCUACUCAACCUGGCUGUCCCCCCUGAUUCCGACGGAAAGGGGAUUAAGCUCGAAGAUUGCCUAGAAGAGUAUUUCAACAACAAAGUUGACGUCCUGCGAGACACUUUGGAGGAAAAGAAGUCCGUUGAUAUUCCCACCCCAACACCUAAGACUACAAUUCGACUUGUGACCGACGAUGAUUCCGAAACGCCGGGCGAAAAAGCUCCAGGCACACCUCUUCAACGGCGCUGGACUUUGAAUGGCAUUACUCAAUCGCCAGUGUCAACAGAUCCUUCUGCCGUGAACUUUGAUUCCCCCUCAUCGUCUUCCACGUCCCGUACAAGAUCUACGAGCAUCAUUCAGCGGAUAGUGGUGGAUGGUGAACAUCAGUCCAAUGACCCCGAAUCAAGGAGUCUACUUCAACGAGCGAAACGGACGGGUUCCAACGUGGUCAAGGCCGUGACCAUCCCCGCUUGGCAGUUCUUCCGAUUGAUUCCAUGGCAUGCUGCAUCCAAUGGUCAGCCUAAAAGCGACCUAGAGGUUGCUCAGCAUUUCAAUCAGCGUCCCAUGGUGGGAAUCUGCCUGAAGCGGUAUACCAUGACUCCGGAGGGCAUUCCCAAGCGGCAGAACACUCUCAUCGACAUACCUGACUGCAUGCGUCUUCCUCAUUUUAUGGUCGUUGAUGAGAAGGAAGGCCAGGCAUCAAAUGGACUAAGCCAGGAGUACAAGCUCGUCCUGCAGUCGGUUGUCUGCCAUCGUGGUGAUUCCCUCCACAGCGGACAUUAUGUCGCUUUUGCUCGAGUUGCGCCUAAGCUACUCACAGACAACCGUCGCCAUGAUCACGACCCCCCCCCAGAUUAUGAAGAGGAGCAAUGGGUAAUGUUCGAUGACUUGUCCAUUGACAAGCGGGUAACCUACGUGGACGAUAUCAGGAAAUGUCUACGUGAGGAGAUGCCGUAUCUUCUUUUCUACCAAAUCGUUCCGAUGUUUGACUUUGCUACAGCAUCAACGGAUGGAUCCGUUGGCGACCCUCCUUCCUAUGUUGAAUCGACGACCUAUAUCCCCGGAACGCCGAGCGUCGAAACGAACCCCAAUUCAACAGCUUCACGGCCACCAAGCAGCUACUUCGAUUCCUCUACAACGAUCACACACAGCAACUUCCGCAUGAACGGCCGGCUCAGCUCCGACAUUGACCGCCCUCCACGCUUCAGCCUGGAUGAGGAUCCCUACUCGACCAGUACGACACUUUUCCCGCACGACGCUUCAACUCCAGCCCGACGCGGAAGCAUCUCCUUCUCAGAGCCCGCCAACGGUCCAAGUAUCACUUCAGCCGCGACAGCCCCCGUUUCCAGCACACAGCCAGCUUCACCAGCCAUCCCCCCACAAGACGAUGCCGGCAGCAGCUACAACUCGACACGCCUCUCGCGUGCCGCGGCACGUUUCACCAAGUCGGGCAACAAGUCUCGACCGACGAGCCAGAUGGGAGAGAACAGAAUCAGCCUGACCAUGUCUCGGCUUGGAUUCUCACGGCGUAGUGGCGACGCAUCGGCUUCGUCGUCUAAUAACGGGGGUGAGGCUGCCACUGGGGCCGGGGAUUCCGCUGAUGGGACGAUUGUCGAAGGUGAUGAAAACGGUUCCGCUAGCGUGAGCAAGGAGAAAAGGGGGAAGAAGGAAAAGGACAAGAAGAAGGAUAAAGAUAAGAAUAAAGAGAAAGAAAAAGAUCAGGACAAGGAGAAGGAUGCUGAGAAGGACAAGGAACAGCAUCGUCAGGGGAACAAUAAGAAGGAGCGGAAACCGUCCAAGAGCCGCGACCGGUCGGAUAAAAACAAGAGAAGGGGGUCUAAAGAACCCUCAAAGAGCGAUAGUGAGCCGGAUCGGGAGUGUAUUGUUAUGUAA